AUGGCAAAUGCCAUAGAGCUGCCUGGUGAGGCCAAUCCUCUGACUGCCCAGAACCUCUUCAAUGCUCUGGCAGCUGCAGCCAGUUCGACACAACAGCAAGUGCGUAUUGGCACACAACAGCUCCAGAAUUGGGAAAAACAGGAUGGCUUUUACCUCUUACUUCAGGAAGCCUUUCUCGAUAAUUCACUUCCCUUGGAGAUUCGUUACCUUUCCAUUAUUCAGCUGAAGAAUGGAGUCGACAAGUACUGGCGGAAGACUGCUACAAACGCUAUCAAGAAAGAGGAUAGGGAGCGUCUCAAGAGCAGAGCUCUCGAAGCUGGUGUUGUUGAGCCGUCUCCCCAGCUGGCUCUUCAUAAUGCAUUGGUGAUUGCCAAGAUCAUGCGUUACGAGUUUCCCAAUAGUGAAUGGCCCGAUGCUAUGCCGUUCCUGAUUUCCUCCCUCCGUGCCGCUGCUCAACCAGGUUCAAAUCCGCUACAGCUUCCUCGAACCCUUGUCAUUUUGCUACAAAUCAUCAAAGAGCUUUCAACAGCACGAAUGCAGAGAGUUAGGAUCAGCCUUCAAUCAGUGGCUCCUGAGAUAUUUCGUUUGCUAGGCAGUAUAUACAUUGAAAAAUUCAAUAGCUGGACUGUGCUGUUGGAACAAGGUCGCACUGGCGAUGUCUCGUUGCCGGAGCUUCUCGAACAGACUUUGACAUCUUUCAAGGUUCUGCGACGACUGAUAGUCGCUGGGUUUGAGCAUCCCAACCGGGACAAGGAUGUGCAAGGGUUCUGGGAGCUUAGCAACGAUCAGUUUACAAAACUCUUCGCAUUUUUUCAAUCGGGAUCUAACAUGCCCUCUCAAGUGACCAGUUUUAUUGGGAAGCAUCUUAUACAGCUAUCAAAACUUCACGUCGAGAUGGCCAAAACUCACCCUGCAGAUUUUGGGCUGCUGCCAAAUUGCGUUCCACUGGUCAAAUCGUACUGGACCAUCGUCUCGAAGCUUGGAGAAAUAUACGAAACAGAAAGUAACCUCCAGAAUAGCGAAACUGGUACCUCGGGGGACAGUGAGCAGAAAAGUUUCAUUGACAAGCUUGGCUUGAAAGCAUUGCUGUUGAUCCGCGCGUGUGCAAAGAUGGCGUUUUACCCCCAACACACAUUCAGGCUCCAAAAGCCAGAAGAGAAAGAAGAACGAAACAAGUCAGUGGAGCUUGUAAAGUCCCAACUUUUCACCGAGGACUUUGUAGUCGUAAUUAUGGAACUUCUCAUUUCCAAAUUCUUCCGACUUCGCCAGUCUGACUUUCAAGAAUGGGAAGAGGAGCCUGAGGAGUGGGAGAAGAAAGAAGAUACGAUAUCCGAGGCGUGGGAGUUUUCUAUCCGAGCAUGCUCCGAGAAGCUUUUCUUGGACCUGAUAAUUCAUUUCAAGGGUCUGCUCAUUCCGCAGCUGCUAAACGUCUUUUAUUCCUUUGCAAAUCCCCAAAACCGUGACAUUCUGAUGAAAGACUCACUGUAUUGUGCGAUUGGUUUAGCUGCAGCUAACCUAGAGCAACACAUGAACUUUAACGAAUUCAUCGAAUCUACGCUUAUCCCAGAGGUCCAAAUCCAUGACCAGGGCUACAAGGUCUUGCGAAGACGAACCGCUAUUGUGAUUGGUCAAUGGAUGCCUAUACAGCCCGAGAAGUUGAAUCGGCAGUUCAUCUACCAAGUUUUCCAGCAUCUCUCAAACAAGGAGGAUCCUUUGAACGAUAUCGCAGUUCGUAUUACUGCAGGUCGGCAUCUGAAGAGCAUCCUUGAUCCGUUUGAGUUUUCGCCUCAGGAAUUCUUACCGUACGCCACGCCGAUUCUUCAAAACCUGCUCACUUUGAUCCAAGAGGUGGAGCUGUCUGAAACGAAAAUGGCGCUGUUGGAAACAGUGCGCACUGCUGUAGUGAAGAUGGAAGACCAUAUUCUGCCAUUCUCGGAUCAGAUCAUGUCUCUUCUGCCACCGCUGUGGGAACAGUCGGGCGAAGAACAUUUAAUGAAGCAAGCCAUCCUGACUCUACUCUCGUCACUGAUGAACGCGCUCAAAGGGAACUCGGUCAAGUACCAUGGAGAUCUGCUUCCACUGAUAAGGAACUCGAUCGAGCCAGAAUCAGAAACUAUUGUGUAUCUAUUGGAAGAAGCCCUCGAGCUGUGGGCAGCAGUGCUCACGCAGACACCCAGUCCGGCUUCUGCUGAGGUCUUGUCUCUUCUCCCCAAUCUGUUCCCCAUCUUUCAGGCGGCUACAGACAGUGCACCCCUAGCACUUCAGAUUGCGGAAAGCUAUAUUCUUCUCGCUCCUCAGGAGGUACUCAAUGACAGGAUUCGGCUGCCAUUCCUUGCCUCGCUAGAGGCAUUAUUAUCAUCAGCAUCCCGCAACCGGAUCGGCAUCGUCCCUCACUUGGUGGAAAUGGUUAUUCGGGCCACCGAGACAAUCGACGGCGGCAGCGCGAAUUCGUACGAAGUGGUUGCAAAGUCUCUUCUCGACAGCUCGUUUCUGCAUGCAAUAUUAGAGGGGCUUCACUCGGCGCACGAGGCCAGUCAGACCACGGGGCCUAACCGCAAGACAUCUCAUGUCUACGGCGUUCUCGAAACAGACUACUUUAGCGUUUUGGCACGACUGGCCCUGGCCAACCCACGGAUAUUCCUAUCGGCCAUUUCGGCAGCUACGGGUGCUUCGUCCGAGGAACAGACGCUGUCAUGGCUCUUGACGGAAUGGUUCUUCCACUACGACAACAUCGGCCUAGCUACACAAAAGAAACUGCACGUCCUCGCCCUUACCCAACUCCUCGGACUCAACAACAACAAUACCAACACCAACAACAAUGCCGCCCCUCCUCCGGCUUACCUCCUAAACCAUCUCCAAUCCUAUCUCACCGUCUGGACCGACGUCGUCACCGAACUAUCCGAAGGUGGCGAAGAAGAAGACACAACAAACGACCCACACGCCAAGGACUAUCUAAUCUUCUGGAACAACAACAACAACAACACCGAAACAAACACCACUACUCAACAAGAAAACGAACCACCCGAGAGCGCGCGCCGACGACAAUGGGAAUCAUCAGAUGUCGUGCAUCAAAUCAACAUCCGUGACUUUAUCCGGGAGCAGUUGCGCGCAGUUAUCAAUGCGUGUGGCGGCGAGCAGCAGUUUCAGGCAGACUGGUUGGCGAAUGUUGAUCGUGAGGUGUUGACUGCGUUUGGCGCGUUGGGGAUUCUGUGA